AUGAAGGACGAGGCGGCCGAGGCGGCUGCGCAGGCGCCGCCCGCGUUCGUCGUCGGGCCCAGGGGCAGGGAGCUGCUGAUCCCGCCGCCGUCCUCCAACUACGAGGCGUGGGACCUCUCCGACAGCGAGUCCGCGCCGGCCUCCUCCUGGGCCACGCUCCCCAACAGGGCGCUGCUGUGCCGGUCUCUGCCGCAGGACGUCGGCCGGUGCACGUGCGUCAUCGUCAGGGAGGCGGCCACCGGCGCCAGAGGCGUCGCGCUCUACUCCCUCUACACCAACGAGGGGCAGGGGCGGCAGGACCGCAAGCUGGCGGUGGCGCGGCACCGGAGGAGUAGGGGCAGGUCCGAGUUCAUCGUGGCGCAGAACCAGGACGGCAUCUUCUGCACCUCCGACAACAACUUCCUCGGCACGGUGGGCGCCAACCUGGUCGGAUCCAAGUAUCAAAUCUGGGGCCAGGGGAGCCGAGCGGACGAGCUGAAGAACCAGUCGAAACGGCUUCUUGGCGUUGUCGUGUUUGCCCCCACCAUCACCACGCUCACCGGGAGUUUCAGAAGCAUGAGGGCAUGUAUCCCCAAGAACCAGUCCAUGCAGCUCAAGACCAACAAUUCUGCUCAGAUUCAGCAUGUCAGUGGGCUCCCAAAGGAUUGGCAGGAGAAGAAGAGCCGAGCUGACCAGUUGUGCUCAAGAGCCCCGUUCUACAACCAUAUGACAAAGCGCUACGAACUGGACUUCAGAGAGAGGGCAGGAAGGAUGGGGUACAAGGUGCAAACAUCGGUCAAGAAUUUUCAGAUGACUUUGGAGGAAAACGAGAGGCAGACAGUGUUGCAGAUUGGUAGGGUUGGGAAAUCCAAGUACAUAAUGGAUUUUAGAUACCCGCUGACCGGCUACCAAGCGUUCUGCAUUUGCCUGGCAUCGAUCGACGCAAAGCUGUGCUGCACCCUGUGA